AAUGGUUCAGUUAAUUGAUUGAAGAAACCACAAACGAUCUAUCAACAUGAGAUUCAUUGUACUUCUUUGCCUAUUCACUGUAACCACAGUAAACUUCACCUUCGCAUGUGAGUGCGGUCGAGAAGGUUCAGCUGGUCGAAUCUUUCGUGGACAACAAGUUCAAGCUCACAAGUAUCCAUGGUUAGCUCAUAUCAGGAGCUUUGAGAAUCGAUUGCUUGGUGCCUUUGCCCAAUGUGGAGGUUCACUGAUUGAUGACCAACAUAUACUAACCGCUGCUCACUGUGUCACUGAUGAUUCAGGCUCAAUUAUACCAGCGGCAAAUAUUGACGUUUACCUUGGUCGUGACAAGGCUUUCUCGGACAAAACCAAACCCAGCCGUGUUUCACAAGUGAUAAUCGAUUCUUAUUACAACAGGAAAAAUUUGUCUAAUGAUUUCGCUAUUUUAAGACUAUCAAGUCCAGUGAAGUUUACCCAAACUAUUGCUCCAAUUUGUUUGCCCAAUUCUGAAGAUGGUUUAUCAAAAUUGAAAGUAGCUGGUUGGGGAAUUGUUGGUCCAAAAGCCAAGUCAAGUAACAAUUUGCUUGAGGUUGAUGUUGAUUACUUUACAAGAAAUGAAUGUAAUGAUGUUAAAGCAGAUUAUAUCCUAAAGUCAAACGGAAUACCUAAAAGCAUGAAAAGGUAUUACCGUAUCCCUGAAGUGGCCUCAACUCAUCUCUGCGCAAUCAACAAGAAAACCCGAGGUGAUGCUUGCUCAGGAGACAGUGGAGGACCUCUAAUGCACCAAGGAUCAAACGGUCGAUACUAUCUUAUGGGUAUUGUUUCAGGUUCAUGGACUGAAUGUGGAGAAGAUGAAGAUACUGUUGGCUUGUACACUCGAACAUUGGUUUACAGAAACUCAAUCAAAAAGAUUGCUCCAAACUCUUGCUGGCAAGAUCUAAACUAAUCGCCCUGAACUUAAACCAAGCAAACCCCAUAAAUACAAAAUAUCAUAGUAUAGACAAAAAAAUAUCACUCAAAAACAAGCAAAAAAGCAAAGAAAUCGAUGAUUAAGAUUUUCCAAGAAAUGAAUGAAACAUCCAAAUAAAACAAUCAAGUCUCAAGAGUUUCCAAGAAAAAA